GCUAAGGUUCUUCUAUAUACAUACAUACCUAGAAAUUUUCUGUUAGUUUAUUGUGGGUGUAAAUGCCGAUUACGCAUAAAUCUUGAGCAACAUACAAUUACAUAAACACACAUUUGACUGUGCGUGCGUGUGACUGUGUGCAUGCGUAACGCUUCCUUGCCAAAGACAUUGUUAUGACACGGGCAAAACGAGUGCCCGUUAGGAAAUUUUCUGUGCUAAAUCAUGCACUUAACUGCUCACUGAAUAAUAAUAAUUUGUGACAAUUGUGUUUAUUGAAUACAGCGUAUACACAUAUACACACUAACAUCCAUAUGUGCAUAAGGGGUAGCAUGAACGGUAAACAGUAAACACAUAGGAAAUUUGCGACUUUUUUUUGCCAAAUUUUUGGCAUAGGUGAAAUUUCUUUACAGCUUUCAUAAGCACAUACCCUUGACUUCCACUACGCCCGUCCUCAUCUGUCAACUGGCAAAAAUUGAGGAAACGGAAAAGCUUUUGCACGAUCGUGCAACAAAAUGCAUUUUCAAUGGCAAUUGCAUUUUUUUUGUUGGCAAAUAAUUUGUAGCUUUUAGUAUGCGUGCAACCAUUGUGACACUUAGUCGAAAAUAUAUAUAUUUCUUCUAUAAAAGCAAAGUUCAAAUACUGUGGGAAAAAGUGCAGCAUCAAAUUGCGCGCCUGUCUUCAAAAAACAGUUGAAACUAAAGCAAAAACAAAAACAUUGAGAGAUGGCUUCUACAGUGGUGUGGCAACAGCUGAAGAGCUUCAUCGUUAGAUAUCCCAUUGCGCGUGGUAUGAUAUCGUAUAGCCUGAUUUGGCCCACGGGCAGCCUGAUACAGCAGACAUUUGAAGGCAAGAGCUGGGGCAGCUACGAUUGGUGGCGCGUCUUUCGCUUUAGCAUGUAUGGCGGAUUGUUUGUGGCGCCCACGCUCUAUGGCUGGGUGAAGAUCUCCAGUGCUAUGUGGCCACACACAUCUCUGCGCUAUGGCGUUAUUAAGGCUGCCGUGGAGACCAUUUCGUACACACCUGCCGCAAUGACCUGCUUCUAUUUCAUUAUGAGCUUGCUGGAGUCAAAAACGGUGCAGGAAGCUGUGGCCGAGGUUGGCAAGAAGUUUCUGCCCACCUACAAGGUUGCUUUGGCAGUUUGGCCUUUGGUAGCCACCAUCAACUUUUCUUUGAUACCUGAACGCAAUCGUGUGCCUUUUAUUAGUGUGUGUAGCUUAUGCUGGACAUGUUUCCUGGCUUAUAUGAAACACUUGGAGCACCAUGAGGUGGAUCAAGUUAUUUAAUUAUGUUGUAUUUGUAUAGUAUUGUAAAUAGCUUUAAUAAAAUUAGGAAAGAUAAGUGACCGGUCCUUAUUGAUGUAAAGAAGGCAAAAGUGUGACCAGUUGUUUUCGGAAAAACAAAAAACAAUCAG